AUGAGUUCGCCCUUCCGCCGUACCGACCACGCGAGGCAGAGUCCAUCGCGACAGCAUGUGAAUGGUACGCGCCACAGUCAUCGACAGAGCCAGAACGGUGCUGAAUCGGCGCAAUUUCUGGAAGAUUUGAAGCGCCUUCUCAUCAAUGAUCAGCGCGAAUUGCACAAGCAGCUGGACGAGCGCGCCCUAGAACAGCAAAAGCUACAAGUCAAAGCCCUCGAGGAUUCGUUGGCCAAGCACAACGCGAGCAGAAAGGAAGCUGAGGAUGUGUUGGAGCAAUACUACCUCGAUCAGGAGCGAGCCCGGAUAAGACGCGCACAGGAAGAAGCGGAGAAGAAGGAGGAGGCUCGUAGGAAGCUGGAAGAAGAGCGGCGCAAGCAGGAAGAGCAGAAGCGUCAAAUCGCCGCCCAGCGCGAGCGAGAAGAGGCACAACGUGCGGCCGAGCAACAGAAGCGGGAAGAGGCUGAGAAAGCACUCCAGAAAGCUGCAAAGGAGAAAGAGGAGACGGAUCGCAAAGCCCGUGAGCAAGCUGCCGCUCAAGAGGCGGCUGCAAAGGAGGCAGAGAAACGGAGACAGGCGCUGGCACAGGCUUCUCAGCAGCAACAACCUCCACCGCCGUCAUCAGCAACCGCGCAAGCAGACGGAGUUCCGGUCGCUUCCUCUUCAACUCCGGCACAGCCUACCGCAGUCAGUGCGUCAUCCAGUGGUCUGUCUGAUGGAAUCGUCACAAGCGCAGACGAGCGGAAAAAGGUCCAUUCAGCGUACCUUGACAUUCACAACCGUCUCAAGGAGCUGCGAGCUCAGGCCGACGGUGGUGGGAAGAACCCAAAUGCGUGGAAAUUGCGAGAUCCGAACUUGAGAAAUCUCUCUGAAUGGCGACAUGAGCUUCGCACACGGGUGAACCAGAUCAGCAGGACCGACAAAGAAGGGAAUAAGGCCACCGUAGGUUAUGCACUUGGCACGCUGAGUAUAGUCAGCUAAUUUGUAUCGUUCACAGAUCCAGAGAGUACAACAAACGCUUGAUCGAGGAGCCUCGCUCUCGGCAGCAUAUACUGCGGACGUAUCGGGCUUCUUUUACAAGAACCCCAAGGGCCCGGGAGAGCCAAUCCAAGGCAACCUCGUCUUAUUGUUCUUGCUGAACCAUUUCGUGAAGCUCUUCUUCGGAAUUAUCGAGCGCGAGGUUCUUCCACUGCCACCACACGAGCGAAGUCAUGCUGCCGAUCAUGUCGGGAACAUGGCCGUCCAGGUUUUCGCAACGCCAAAAUAUUGGGCUGAGGGUAACUACACAUUCAUCGACAUCUUGUGGGCCAAAUUUCACAAGAAGCUACCGCUUCUCUUUGGCGUCCGCGGCGGACAGCAGGAUGAGCUCAUUAUCCCCUGGGCUUCCUGCUUCGCCUCGAUCACUCUGCGCGACUUUCGGAACAGCAGAGCCUUACCCAAGAACCCAGCUCCAGCACGCUUGUAUUGGGAAGCACUGGCGCGCAUUCUCAAUACACCAACCGAGCGACAGACCCUGAUCCACUAUCAGAUCAUUCAAGGUCUUCUUCACCAGACCGCGAUCCCCCGUUUUAUCGCUUUCUACGGCCAAAUCGGCAUCUUGACACUGAAGCACGCCUUGUUUGAGUUUCCCAAGACCGCGCCAGCAAACAAGGGCGCGCAGAGAGAAGCCAACGCCAUCCGCAACUUGGCUGUUGUGUUCGACAACGACCUGCAUCUGAAGCUGUAG